UGUCGCUCAGAAUUGAUAGUCGCUAAAUUCUAUACAGUAUAUCUCGUGAAAAUGGAACGAAAUACAAUAUUAAAUUGCACAGUUUCGUUAUGAGUGAAUUCGUAGAUCGUAUACAACACCGCUAAAUGCGACCGUAUUCAAUGUCCCUAGGGAAAUGAAACCCCUUGGCUUCUCCUCCUUGACGGCUGCAUCAUUUCCUUCUUGUAGAUCGCGCUUGCAAAGAGUUAUCAGACAGCAGAGCUGCAGCCUCUGCGUUUAGCUUCGAACGCACGACCUGCACCAAUUCAAGCAGAGCCCAUUGCUUCGCGGAGAUCUAUGAUAGCGAGACCAUAGAUUAGAAGAUCGCAUACAUCAUUGGCAAGCGGGCGGCACCGCGCGACGCCGUCUUCAAGUUGUUCGUCGAUUUGACCCAAAUUUCUUAGCAGAAAUCAUCCAAAGCCGUCUAAACCAAUGGGCCACUUUCGAAUAUUGCUUUCAUAUGUUUGCCUCGAGAAGACUUUGACUUCAGCGUCGACAAUUCGGUGUUCCCUACAAGGAAUCUCGCAAACCUUCGCGAUGGAAAGUCAUUCACUUAGUCCGCCUACAGUCACUGUCGUUAUUUUGGAAUCACCUGUGAUUCUUCUGAGAUCUUCGCCAUGGCUAGCCAAGAUCUGUCCAGUGGUCACCGAGUGCGACAUACACUGAGUAAUUGAAUUUUGAACAUAUGAUUAACCGGAGCCCUUCUGAUUCGAACAUUUUGGCGCGAGUUCUAGAAGACGUCUGGCAGGAUUGUGACAGUCGUUCCUCGCAGGUCGCACU